GCAUGAUUUACUACAAGCCAAAGCCGAGGUCUGUUCCUCUUGGCAACAUGAGAUCUUGAUUUUAUUCCUGAAUGCCCAGAACUACAUUAAUCUCCAGACUUCCGCUCGCUACAAGCCAUUGUCACGAUUAUCGAUAAAGCGAUGCUUACCUACCUGCCUAUCUAGGUAGGCAGGUUGGCAUUUAGUUACAAUUGUAUUUAUUGCCGCAAGUUCUUUGUAUUAACUAUACCCUCUCGGUAUCUGGAGCCCCCUUGAACUGCGGGCUGCAGCACUUGGCAAUUAGUGAUUCGCAAUUUGCGCGUCAAUCACAGCAUAUAAUCAUAUAAAAGGCCCCUAAAGUAGGCCGCUUUUACGACUAUGGUACCAUCCUCUUCCCUACCUUCUUCCACGGGCCUUGGACUUAGAUUUGAACUCAUCCCCCGAGUCGCUGGUAUCAAUAAUUAGAACAUCCUGUCUAAUUAACCAGCAACCAAACAAUGAAGCUGGCUCCAUGGCUUAUCGUAGGGGCGACGCUCCUACGCUCUAUACUAGCCAUUGAACCAGCUCGCCAACCGCAUCAACCAACCGGAAAUGGCAAUAAAAUUCUGACAUGGAACGAAACGAUGGUCAAUAACCAGUUCGGUGCUAAGUCCACGUCAGUGAGCUGGUUGUCUGGUGGUGAAGAUGGACAAUACAUUUAUGCUGGCGAUGGUGGCGCAUUGAUCCUUGAGAAUUUUGUCACCGGCGAAAGUUCAACCUUCGUCGGGGCCGAACUGAUUCCGGACGACGUAGCCCAAUACUGGAUCCGUCCCGACCUCGCCAAGGUCCUCUUCGCAACUAACUAUACAAAGCAGUAUCGCCACUCGUAUUUCGCCGACUACACCGUCCUCGAUGUAGCGUCGGGCGAACUUACGCCUUUGGUUGAAGAUCAGGUUGGAGAUAUUCAAUAUGCUGAGUUUGCUCCAGCGGGAGAUGCGAUCGCCUUUGUUCGUGGCAACAACUUAUUCUUGAAGAAGAACGGUACUAUUUCCCAGAUUACGAACGAUGGUUCUCCGGAUCUUUUCAACGGUGUGCCAGAUUGGGUAUAUGAGGAAGAAAUACUUGGCGACCGCUCUGCAAUUUGGUUUUCCCCCGACGGCGAGGUUCUUGCAUACCUCAGCUUCAACGAAACCGGAGUUGAGACCUUUACAGUGCAGUACUUCAUGGACAACCAAGACAUAGCUCCCGUCUAUCCCCGACUUCUGGAUCUGAGAUAUCCCAAAGUUGGCACAACGAAUCCAACAGUGUCCUUGACACUUCUGAAGAUUGGCAGUGAAGAGAAAUUGGCCGUUCCGGUCGAUGCAUUUCCUGCGGAUGAUUUGGUCAUCGGCGAAGUUGCCUGGGUUACGUCUGAGCAUAGUAGUGUUAUUUACCGCGCUUUCAAUCGCGUGCAGGAUACCUCGAAGCACGUCCGUGUUGAUGUAGGCGAUACCAUCACCACCAAAGUUGUUCGUGAACGAGACGGUACAGACGGCUGGCUGGAUAAUGACAUAGGGAUCCAAUUCGUCGGGUCUAUAAAUGGUUCUGCGGGAGAAUACUAUAUCGAUAUUUCUGACGAAUCCGGUUGGCAACAUAUUUAUCUGUACGCUGUCGACGGUUCAAGCGCUACCCCUCUCACUGAGGGUGAGUGGGAGGUCACAGCUGUCCUUAAGGUUGAUAGCAAGCGCGAGUUGGUCUACUAUACGUCUACCCAAGCCGAUAGCACUGAGAGACAUGUGUACUCGGUUUCAUACUCUACUCUGAAAUCGGAGUCGCUUGUUGACCCUAAGAUACCUGCAGUCUGGAGCGCAUCAUUUUCUUCUGGCGGCGGGUAUUAUAUCCUUAGCUAUGCGGGGCCUGAUGUACCUUACCAGGAGCUGUACGCCAUCAAUGACACACACACACCCCUCCGUACCAUCACCUCGAACGACGCUCUUUGGAACAAAAUCCAAGGAUAUAACCUACCGAACAUUACAUAUUUCACACUGGAACAUCCAGACGGAUAUAGUUUGAACGUCAUGGAACGACUUCCACCUAAUUUUGAUCCCACCAAGAAAUACCCCGUUCUCUUCACACCCUACGGUGGACCUGGCUCACAGGAAGUGUUGAAGUCGUUCGAGUCUGUCGGGUGGAAUGCAUACAUCUCAUCGGACCCGGAGCUUGAAUAUGUCCAGUAUACGGUCGAUAACCGCGGAACGGGCUACAAAGGCCGACAGUUUCGCGCUCUCGUCGCGUCUCAUUUGGGUGAGUUCGAGGCGGCAGACCAAAUAUGGGCAGCGCAAGAAUUAGCUUCCCGAAACUCCUUCAUCGAUGCAGAGAAGGUUGGGAUCUUCGGGUGGUCUUUCGGAGGAUAUUUAUCGGCAAAGGUAGUGGAGGCGGAUUCAGGAGUCUUUACCCUAGGCUUAAUCGUCGCGCCAGUCACCGACUGGCGAUUCUACGACAGCAUGUACACGGAACGCUAUAUGAAGACAUCGCAAAUGAACCCAGACGGAUAUAACAAGACGGCAAUACGCAAGCCAGACGGGUUUAAGAAUAUUGCUGGCGGGUUUUCUAUACUGCACGGGCUUGGUGACGACAACGUGCAUUACCAGAACACGGCGGCUCUUCUUGACCUUCUCGUCGGGGCUGGCGUGUCGCCUGCUAAGAUGCAAUGGAGAGUGUUCACGGAUAGCGAUCAUGGUAUCUCGUACCAUGGCGCAUCAACAUAUCUGUACAAAUUCUUAACAGAAUUGCUGUUCAAGGAGAAGACACGAACGAGCCAGGGUCUCACACACCAGUGGGCAAGGAGGUCAAAGUCGCAGGUCCUAAAUGGGCGAUGAACUUUUGCUACAAGUCUAAAAUAAUUGUUUGCUUUAAUUAAGGGAAUACCAAUAAGCAUCAAUAGCUACCCAACCACCUAGACAAAUAUAGUGCUCUCCGAUAUCUGUUCCGGUCCGUCGAAUUGCAAGUUGAAGCCCCAUAUUUUCUCCUAUACUCAACCUACGGCAAGGGAUAUGAGUUAGAUAUUGACAGACACACCACUGAGCCAAAAGUGCAUUUCUUAAUAGCACAAUUGCUAUUACAGUCUAUCUGACAUGAGUGGUAUUACCACUCACAGAUAUGACCCAUUCAACCCUUAAUGUGGCGAGGAAAAGCUCUUCUGACAGUAGCGCUUUAGGAUUGGAACGAGAUAUUUUAAAACUGCCUAGAUAUACUUUGGGUAGGUAGAUAUAUACUACAUAUCGAGGUUGUUAUAGUCAAGUUGAUGAUGCUAGUCUCGUUCCUCUCCUAUUUUCCCGGCUAUUAUGUAGGUAUGUAUCGUGUCACAAUUAAUAUUCGCCCCAGGAGGACAGUAAAAUAGGUAAUGCGAUGAAUAAGGGGCAUGAGUUAACGAUGUAUUGUGGCGGUUUAUAUGAAAAGGCUGAGCCGGAAGUGUUAGAAUCGGUAGAAUAGGGGACGAAAGAAGCAUGGAUGAAAAAAAGUAGAGACUACACUAGAAGCACCCAUAAUGUUCUCAAGGUGA